AUGGCCAACGGAGGAAUAGUAGAGGAAUAUGGUGUCGGUGCGGUACAGGAGCGACUUGCGACUUUCCAUCUCUCGGAAAAAAUAAAGAAGGAGGUUGCAGCUAACGAAAUCGAACGACCAAAGGGCUAUACUGUAUCUUGGCAUUCCAACCCUGAGGUUGAACAUCACCACUUCGGACAGACGCACCCGAUGAAGCCAUGGCGGUUAACGCUUACGAAAGACCUCAUUCUCUCUUAUGGAAUGCACACUGCUAUGGACUGCUACGUCUCUCGGCCGGCCACAAAAGAGGAACUCAAAGAAUUUCACAAGGAUGAUUAUGUCGAUUUCCUUAACGUCGCUACACCCACCAACAUAUAUCAGAUGUACCCCGAACUCAUGAAUGGCACGGGUUACUCGUCUGCCGUUUUUGGCGUCGGCGAUGACUGCCCCAUCUUCGAUGGCUUGUUCACAUACUGCUCGCUCUAUACCGGCGCUUCCAUGGACGCAGCGCGCAAGCUCUGCAACGGCCAAUCCGAUAUCGCUAUCAACUGGUCAGGUGGCCUGCACCAUGCCAAGAAAGCCGAGGCCUCUGGCUUCUGCUACGUGAACGACAUUGUGCUUGCCAUUCUACAGCUUCUGCGCCAUCAUCCACGUGUGCUCUACAUAGACAUCGAUGUUCACCACGGUGACGGUGUCGAGCAAGCCUUUUGGUCGACGGACCGCGUCAUGUGCGUCUCUUUCCACAAAUACGACAAAGAGAUAUUCUUCCCUGGCACCGGCCCCCUCGAGUCUACUGGGCCUCUUCAUCCCGACAAUCCUGGCAAAAACUAUACCAUCAACAUUCCUCUUAAUGACGGCAUCGACGAUGAAUCAUAUCAGUCCCUUUUCCAAGAAGUUGUUGGUCCCACCAUCAACACGUUUCAUCCAAGCGCCAUCGUGCUACAAUGUGGCGCCGACUCGCUCGGCCACGACCGCCUGGGUUGCUUCAAUCUCAACAUCCGCGGCCACGGCAGCUGCGUAUCCUACGUCAAGUCCUUCGGCAUCCCCAUGAUCGUGGUCGGUGGCGGCGGAUACACGCCACGCAACGUCGCCCGUGCCUGGGCCCACGAGACCUCCAUCUGCAUCGGCGCCGACAAGACUCUAAACCCAGAACUGCCAGAGUAUAUGCCCCACCGCGAGGCCUUCCGCCGCGAGGGCUUCACGCUCUACCCGAAUCUUGGCACCUGGCGCAAAGAAAACAUGAACGACAAGAAAUACAUCCAGAACAUCAUCCAGCAUGUCCAAGAGCAGCUCAGAUACAUCAAGGGAGCGCCGAGCGUGCAGAUGAAGCAUAUUCCAGAUGACAUACAGGGAUGGAGGGAGGAAGUGGACCUGGAAAUCCGCGAGAAGAGGAUGGGCCGGGAAGAGCGCGCCGAAGACCGGGAUGGGGCCGGCGGCCUGCUGGCGAAGCUGAGUCGAAGGAGGGAAUUGGAACGCAACGGGCUGAGUGCGCAAGGCCUGGGGUGGAUCGGUCAAGGGGCUCAAGCUUGA